AUUUUAUUAUAAUGAAAUAUUUUUACGAUCAUUUAAACGCUGACAAAAAUAUUUAUGCAAUGCCGAGUCGGCGACAAUUUAUUGUCAAUACUGUGAGCCAGUAAUUGGUACAAUUUCAAACAGUUCAUCGAAGAAACUUAUUUUUAACUCUUAAAUCACAAAAUGCGACAAGUUUAUUUUAUUUAUAAACGACGAGAGGUAAGUUGGUUUGUAGUGGCACUGCUGUGAGUUUUGUUUGAGUUUCAAAUUAAGAUAAUUCAAGCGUUUUGGGCUAAAAUUGUGUAUUUUAAGUUUUAGUUGUGCUAACAACCGUAUCGUUACGAUUAUAAGUUCAUUGACGUUUACAUCUAAUUGAUUUUCCCUAAUUAAAAACAUAUUUUGCAAACUUUUGCAAAAUGACGACUACUUAAACAAAUUUUAGAAAAAAAAAUUUACGCACAUGCAUUUUAAGUGUCUUCUCUGUCAGUUCGCCACUAGAUAUGGAACAAGCUCUAAGAAUAAAGUAAAAUAUUGCUACGGAAUAGAAACAUAAGUAAUGUAAUAGGUAGAUAAUAAGAAUAAGUUCAGACUAGUAUUUUAAAAAACUGCCUCUUUAUUGGUAUAGCUUUAAAUACUCGUAACUUGGAUUCCUUUAUCCCAUCUUAACUAAUACACAAAUAAAUUAUUAAUGUAAAAUCUUUGUAUAAACUUAUAUUACACAAUAAAUCUUUUCUGAAAUGUAUAUAAUAUUUUUGGCCUACCUUUCACAAAUUAAUCUUCCUUGUCUGCACCCUUAUCUCACAGAAUCACCAAGAAUAUCAGUUCACAAAACAAAAAUCGUACAUCAUUAUUUUAAUAAAAAUAUUGAAAGGUUAUCAAAUUAAUUAUGAAUUAUAGAAGUCAAGUUGUAAAAAACAUAUUACGCGUAUGAAUAAAAUGAUGUACAAUCAUAGAAAAAAAUAUUUGGAUUGCAUGAAAUAAAAUCCAGAGAAACAAUUUAUUACACUUUGAGUAAAAAAUAAAUAAAUAAACCGGAUUCUUCGAUGGUCUGGAUCAAUUCAAAUAUUCACCGUCGAGUCUACCCCUGCUUUGUAUGUAUUAAAGCUCCACUGAUCUCAGCUGCUUCCUAAAACACGUGCUUGUUGGCUAAUCCAAACUUUGCCGUAAAAAGCUCAACUUUUUACAAUCAAUAGCGCGAAUAAUCGUCUACUAACUUGCGUUACGUUGUGUUUACGACCUCAUAAAUCUCGGUUCAACUAAAAAAAACAUCUUCGUAGUCCGUUACUUCUCCAUAAACGUGCGUCCAGGUGAAAAAUUGCGUGUGAACGCAGCUUUACACCUCGUAAAUAAUUGAAUCGACCCGAAUGAAUAAAGGGACAAAAGAUCGAGACACAUUGAUUCUAAUAAAGCCAGGUUAAGUUUAAGGUCAUCCAUCAUGAAGCUAUUUUUUCGCUAGUUUUAACUUCUGUUAAUGAACAGUUGAGGUGCACGAUGCGUGUUUAAUCGUUGUUUUGCAUAAUUCAGCGCAUUUUUACGAUUAUGUGAAUAAGUAAAAUAUUUGGUCGUCGAGCAUGCACGGUUUAUGGGAUAACGUUAAAAAAUUUAUGUCUUGACAGGUCCAAAAGGUAAAAUGAGUAAACAACAAUUAGACGCUUCAGACGUAAUGUCGGAUGAAUUCGACGAAAACACCUCGUUACCUCCCACUUACCUCGUAAUAAAAAUCGCCUCGGACAUCAAAGAAAACACCCUAACGUGGCUGAUUGACAAGAUUAGAGGUAAGCGUCGCGAUGGUGGCGCCGAGCUCAUCGUUAUGCGACAACCAAGCGACCCCGACGACGGCUGGAUUUUGCACUUGUCGGCGUCGAAAAUUAAAUUCCUAGAAACGGCCGAAGAGAUGGAGCUGAUGAAGGAGGACAAGACCGGAAUGAUGCGGGAGUUCACGGUGGGACAACUGGAGGAUUUUCUCCCGGAUGGAAUGCACGUCGACGAUUUGUUAACCCUCGCCGAGAAACAAACGAUCGUGCGCCACGAAUUGGAGAAUAUCCGAGCGUUGGCGGAGGACGAACACAUUCCGGGAUACCCCACGUACACGCUAUACGAGGGCCAAUCGAUAUUUCAAGUGUGUCUCAAGUAUAAAAUAAUAAUGAAGGUUUAUCCAUUGCACGAUCAAGAGGCGUUGAAGAAGCUGGGGAGGAAGUGGUACAUGUCGUUAUUGGCCAAGCAACCGAUCGAAGAAAUCCGGUUGUACUUUGGAGAAGCUAUAGCAUUGUAUUUUACGUUUUUGGGGUUCUACACGGCAACUUUGGURGUACCYGUUUUUGUGGGGCUCCUCCAGCUGAUGAUCUACUCGGAGACGAUGUCGUUGUUUUGUGUUUUCAACGUGGUGUGGGUUACCCUCGUCUUAGAGAUAUGGAAGAGAAAAAGCAACGAGUUGGCGUUUAAAUGGGGAACGAUAGGGAUGACGAGUCUGGAUGAACCCAGACCGAAUUUCAGGGGGUCGAUGGGGUAUGAUGCCAUUACGGGAAAGUUGCAACCCCAGAGUCCGAGAUAUAUGACUUAUAUCAAGAUGUAUUGCGUAUCAAUCCCUAUCGUGUUUCUGUGUCUUGUGGCAGCUUUCGUCAUGAUGUUGGCCUCGUUUUGGCUCGAGGAAUAUUUCAAACAGACUCGAACUUCCGACGAUUUAAUCAUACUUUUUCCUAGCAUAGUUUACUCGAUUCUAGUCUACAUAAUCAACUGCUAUUACCGAAAAUUAGCUACUUUUCUGACAGAAUGGGAAAAUCAUCGGACUCAAUCCCAACAUGACAGACAUAGAGUCACAAAACUAGUCCUCUUUGAAUUCGUGAAUAAUUUCAUGUCUUUAUUUUACAUUGCAUUUGUCGUUCGAGACAUGGAAAUGUUGAGGAGUCAACUCCAGACAAUGCUGAUAAUAUUUCAGUUGAUAAGUCACGUCCAAGAAGCAGUUUUGCCACUUGCUGUUAAAUAUUACGGAUCUAAAUUUACCUCGUGGAAAAAACAACUCUUCUCAUCAAAAAAACACUCAAAAUCCAAAUUUUACAAAGUUCCUACCGAAGACCAACUUGUGCCAGUAUUAAAAUCCCUGCCUCAAAUCCCCAUCGAUGACUCUCGCCUAGACUCGGCAAAUAAAGAGGGAGAAAUGGAAGAUUACGAAGGGACAUAUGAUGACUAUCUCGAACUUUUCAUCCAAUUUGGUUACAUUUUUCUUUUCUCGCCGGUGUAUCCAAUCGCUGCCUUUUGGGCGCUUUUCAAUAACAUUUUAGAAAUUCGAGCUGACGCUUUCAAGCUUUGCAAAAUCUACCAAAGGCCUAUGAGUCGAAGAGUAAAAGAUAUCGGCGCUUGGCAACGUUGUUUCGAAAUAAUCGGGGCAAUGUCUAUUAUGACCAAUUGUGGCCUUUUGUGUCUCACUCCUGAAUUGAAAAGGUCAGCACCAGAAGUCGGGCCAGUGGAAUGGGUCCUGUUUUUCGUCUUUUUGGAGCAUGUUUUACUGGGAAUUCGGUAUCUGCUCCACAUUACCAUUUCGGAUAAGCCGGAGUGGGUGCGAGUAGCUCUCGCUAAGAAGAAUUACGAGUCGAAACAAGCCCUCAAAUUCGAGAGGUCGCAGAAAAACAAAGGGCUGCUGAGAAGAAAGUUCAAAACGAUACACGGGACACACGCCCGUUAAUAAUUGAAAGGGAUUUUUACGGGAUCGAUCCGAUAGUGCGUGUCUACUCCGACAGGGCAAAAGGAUAUCGACACACCUGUGGAGUCGUGGGUGCGACGCUCGCGUGAUACAUUUUUUACAUUUUUUUUGUCUACAGGGGUAAUAAAUCGUUUUUGCAACAAGUUUUUUCAUUUAACAUAACUUACUU